GUGGUGUUCAGAUUUUACGCUAUGACAGACAACCCAAUAUCUAAGUCUGAUAACUGUGAAAAGUGUAUUUUAGAAGAUAUUACCAAAUGUUCUGAUCAUAAUGAUGUUAAAUUUUCAAGAAAAUCGGAUACAUUUUUUCUGUACUUUACCGUAUUAACUGGAAGUUUGCCAUGGUUUGUAGGAGGAAUGUCAAUUGUAUGGACUUCACCAGCAAUCACAAAAUUACAACUAAAUGAUACCGAAGUAAAUCCAAUAGGAAGACCGAUAAAGCCAAUUGAAGUAUCAGCGCUACUUGUAUCACAAGCUAUCGGAGGUAUAAUCGGGACCCUUCUACUGCCGAAAUUAGCAGAUAUUUGUGGAAGAAAACGAAGCUUGCAAAUUUUAAGCUGUGUUAUGAUUCUAAGUACUUCUGUGGUAGCAUUUUCUACGUAUGUCGGGUUUAUAGUGUUUUGUGCUGCCAUUACGGUUGUAGCUUUUUGUGGAAUCUGGGCCAUCUGCCCCAUUUACAUAACAGAAAUAUGUGAAGAUCAUAACAGGGCUAAGUUUUCUUGUUUUAUGGCAGCUUUUAUUCCAGUUGGGGAGUUGUUUUGUUAUAUCAUAGGUCCGUUGUUCAGUUAUAAAAUUUACACGAUGGUUAUGACAAUACCCUUAUUUUUACAUCUCGCUCUAUCUUUACUUUUACCAGAAAGCCCUAUAUUUCUUCUAACAAAAAAUAAAAAAACUGACUGCCUUAUUGCUCUUAAAAAACUAAGAAGCAAUAAAACUAAUGAAGAAAUCAAGAUUGAUUUCGACAAUAUGUGUAUUAAUUUAACAAAUAUUCAAAUAACAGAGGGAUUAGGUGUUAGUAAACUACUAACUACAAGAGAAGGCCGAAUUGGUUUACUCCUUAGCCUGUUGCCAAUUUUUAUACAAAAUCUCUGCGGUGUUCCAGUAUUAAUGCCGCUAAUGGCUCCGAUUUUUAAUAAGUCAGGUUCAAACCUCUCUGGAAACACAAUCGCUAUGUAUGUAGGUUUGGUUAAAAUUAUAACUUUCAUUACUGCAUCUAUGGUAGUUGAAAAACUUGGCAGAAAACCAUUAUUAAUCAUAUCUUCCUUAGGAACUGGAAUAUGUAUGUCAAUCCUAGGUAUCUUUUUUUACUUAAAUCAUAUUAAUUCCUCUUUUGUUCUCCAAUUUCAAUGGGUGCCACUUACAUGUAUCCUUCUUUACUUUAUUUUGUAUGGUUUCGGACUUGGUCCUGUACCGUACUCAAUGAUAAGUGAACUAUUUCCGUCUAAUUUAAGAUCUGCUGCUUCUAUGAUAGUUCUGACCAGCGUGGGUAUUCUGAUUGCGGUAUAUUUAGCUGUAUUUCUUACAUUAGCUGAAGCAAUCGGUAUACACUGGUGUAUGGAAAUGUUUGCAACUAUGUCUCUUAUAGGAACAGUUUUAUUUUAUACGAUAUUGCCGGAAACAAAAGGAAAGAGUAUCGAAGAAAUUCAAGAGAUGAUAAAAAACUUAAAAAUCUUUAAAAAACGUAUGUAAAUUAUAAAUAUAUUUUUUUAUGUAACUUCUAACUUCCUUAAUAAAACCGAUUAAAUAAAACUAGGGGAGA